AGGAGUUAGCGGUGAAUGCUACAUCCGUUCAUUAAUGGACGCGUGGAGGCUAAUUCCCUUGAAUUGAGUGGCAUUUCGCCUGGACUUGUUUUGAGGAGGAGCUCGGUUGUUUAUUCAUUCACGUCAGCCCAUUUUCGGUUGCCUUCCCUCCUUCCUGCUCCACACAACGGGGACCCUCCACUGACUGUCCCCCACCCCCCCAUUUUAAUAUUCAACCACGGACAGGUCGCCACAAUAAACCGCUUUUGGAAUCAGGAGGAGGCGAGCCGGCGCCUGGGUAGAUGUGAGCCCAAGGUAAUGGCCAGGCUGGUGGACAUAAGCACACAAACAGAUCCUGUUGUCGUGCUGUCCUUAGCCCAGGCCGCCGUGCUAGGUCUCAUCUCCCAGAAUGAAGUUUUCGGAGCUACUAUUGCACCUAACGGCUUCUACACCGGCGAACCCAAAGAGUCCCCUGCCCCCCCAGUAGACGGAGUUGACUACGAGUACGCUGACCAGCUAAUUGGCGCUAACGGAGAUUACUUGGGAGACAACUUAGAAGACAACCAGAUGCAACCCAGCUGCAGCCAGAGGAGGUGGCAGCAAGGGCCACCCCAGCACCCCGACGAGAAAAUGAUCCUCCCCAAUCGUCAUGGUCUUCAAGGUAGUGAUCUGCCAGUGGCCUCUUCCCACGUGAAAGGGGAAGUCGUGACCUCUGGGAUGCCCUCCUGCAUCCACAUGCUGAACAAUAUGGCUCCAAGAGGUGGUUUAGUCCAAGUAGAUCCAGCCGCUCUCAGAGCCGCCAACAAGAACUGUGCUGAGUGUGAACGGGAAGCAACUAACCAGCAGCAAGCUAAUCCUCACGUCCACCCCGCUCCACCCCAGGUGGCCCACAGAGGGCCAGAGCAGGGCCACAGAGGGCUUCAGGGCCAGCGCCCCAUGGGAGGCCACGGUCGAGGGGGCAGAGAGGGUGAAGAGGAGGUAGAACACCAGACGAACGCCAUGAUGAAGCCCACGCAACAAGAGGAAGCCAUCAGCAGCUACUUCCAGACCAGUGAAGUGGGUAGCUAUGAUUCAACAGAAAUGGGAAUGGGUGGCGAGUACGAAGACAGCAGCCAGAGCAUGAUGUGGACGGAUGGAAGCAGUGGAACGCAGCACCAGCAACCUCCACACCCCCAACCACCUCGUCGUCACGGCGGCCGCAGAGUAGACCGCCUGGAUAUCAACAUCCAGAUCGACGAGUCCUACUGUGUCGAUGUGGGAGAUGGUUUAAAACGCUGGAAGUGCCGGAUGUGCGACAAGUCGUACACUUCCAAGUACAAUCUCGUCACACACAUCCUGGGCCACAACGGGAUCAAACCUCACGCCUGUCCACACUGCGGGAAACUCUUCAAACAGCCCAGUCAUCUUCAGACGCACCUGCUGACUCACCAAGGCACCCGGCCCCACAAGUGCACUGUCUGCAAGAAGGGCUUCACGCAGACCAGCCACCUGAAGCGGCACAUGCUCCAACACACCGACGUCAAGCCCUACAGCUGCCGCUUCUGCCGCCGAGGCUUCGCCUAUCCCAGCGAACUGCGAGCGCACGAGGUGAAGCACGAGCGCGGACGCUGCCACGUCUGCUCGCAGUGCGGCAUGGAGUUCCCCACUUACGCUCACCUCAAGCGACACCAGACCAGCCACCAGGGCCCCCACACCUUUCAGUGCACCGAGUGCAACAAGUCCUUCGCCUACCGUAGCCAGCUGCAGAACCACCUUCUGAAGCACCAGAGCCCGAGGCCUUACACCUGCUCCCAGUGCGGCCUGGAAUUUGUGCAGCUCCACCACUUGCGUCAGCAUUCACUGACUCACAAGGGGAUGAAAGGCCACAAGUGUGACGUGUGUUCUCGAGAAUUCACGCUGUCUGCCAACCUGAAGAGGCACAUGCUGAUUCACAACAGCGUCAGACCCUUCCAGUGUCACGUCUGCUUCAAGAGCUUCAUCCAGAAGCAGACCCUGAAGACCCACAUGAUCGUUCACUUACCCGUGAAACCGUUCAAAUGCAAGGUAUGUGGCAAGUCUUUCAACAGAAUGUACAACCUGCUGGGCCACAUGCACCUCCAUGCUGGCAGUAAGCCCUUUAAGUGCCCAUACUGCACCAGCAAGUUCAACCUGAAGGGGAACCUCAGCAGACAUAUGAAGGUGAAGCAUGGAAUGGACGUCUCACCAGAGGGCCAAGCGGAGGUUCUUCCGGAAAUGGAGACCCAGGGCGACUACGAGAACCAGAACUUCAGCUUUACAUCACCAGACACUAUGGACAACAGCGGCUCCCAGAACCUGACUAAGCUCACUACAGCAAACAUGGAGGACAUGGAGGAGUAUUACAAUUUUGGGAAGGAUACAGGCAGCUACACCACACCUUGAGGCAUUGAUGGAAACGAGGAGAUGCGCUUUCCCUUUUUCGGGUAUUUUCUUUUGAGGCCUAAAGGAAAUUGCAGAUUUUUUUCUGAGGCUUUGGGGAGACUCUGGGAAAGUGUUUUUGUUUUUUCUUCUUCUUUUUCGUCUUGGCCUCCUUCCAAAAGAGCAGAUCUGACUGAGGCAAGGAGAGAGCCGAACUUCAAAGACAAAAACGCUUCAAAUCCGUUGCCUGGAACAGAGACAGUGAAACUGUUGGCGUGUGCUCGGAGCUCCUUUUAAAGGAUUACUACACUCACCGACUCAAAGACUCUGAUAGACACUCAAAUCUAUAUGUUGUGUGUAAGUAUCAGUUAUUGCAGAAAAAAAAGAAGAAGCUGCAGAGCCAUCAGUUACAUUUGAUGUGAUGGAAAAUCAUCGUUUGCCAUUUUCAUUCAUGCACAACCAAUGUAUGCCCUUAUAUUUUUGACUGAAAGUGCCAGCUACAGACAUUUUGCAACGAAGCUUUUACCGUGUCAGCUAUUUACUCACUGUGUAUUGACGUUUGGGGUACAUAGUCACUACAUAUUCAUAGGUUUGAAUGCUCCUAUUUAACAGCCCUAAUUACCCAUUCCUUUUUAGCCGUUCAUUUUUACAUGUGAACGGUUCGGCCUCAAGUGUGUUUGUGCAUUUUUGUGCACAGGACAUUCGUUUUCCCUAAUCGGGGCCCUUUCUAUCAAAGUUGCCGCUCAUGUCAGCCAAAAAUCGGAGAAAAUGAUAGCUGGCAUGUAAAUCUCUUUCAUUGUGAAAAAAAGAGUGUUAACCCGCCCUCUUUCUGUUUUAGACGCUUUAGCUUCACAGCGAUAACCUAUCCGUGUGGUGAAUAUACUGCUCUAGUUUUUGAAUUACUGCAUCAACAAUACAAAGCACUUUUACAGCCAAACCGUUCCUUUUCUUGUGAAAAUUGGUUUGUAGGAUUCAAAUCCUUUGCAUCCAGGAGAAAAUGAGGUGGAAGAAAAAAAAAAAGAUUGUUAUAAUCUUUAACCUCAUUUUUUUUAUUUUUCUUUAUGGCAAUACUAAGCGAAUUAGCUUCCUUAUAAGGUUUUUGUAAAACUCUGAUUCCCAAAUAGAAGUGUUUUACUUUGAAAUCACUCUUUUUGUAAUGUACUGAAGAAUCCUUAAUUGAGGAGAAACCUGUACUAGAUCAAAAUUAACAGUUCUGCUUUAGAUUUUGAAAGGAUAGAGUGAUACUAACCCCAGCACCUCAAAUCUAGUUUUGGGGACGGCUUUCGGCUCCCCCUGUCCUGCCAUGCAGGUCAGCCUCAAUAUGCACACUAAACCAGAGGAAUGGUCUAUUGUUUCUUUUUUUUUCCAGGUGAAAAUGAUUAAACUCAGACCUCUUGGAAAUUGACUAUGAAUUAUUUAAUAAAGGUUCUCUAGUUUAAAUGAUGGAUGAGGCGGGUUUAAUCUGUCGCAGUGUUAAGUCACAGUGUUGAGGCUGUUAGAACGACUCUGCUCGUCCUUCACUUUGAUCUGUCAUGAAGAAAAAGUGAAACUGACAGAAUUUUAUAAGCUUUAUCCUCACAGGGGAAACACAAUUAGCCGACAUUGAAACAGACUUACAUUUUUCUUUCUUGGUUCUCUUUUUCAGAUUAAAUAAAUGAGAUGGACUAAUUCAAAA